AUGCCUGAGACCAUGAAGCCCAUGACUCCGGGACUCGUGUCCACCCAGCGAGUGUCUUCCAAAGACUCAGCGAAAAGAUCGGACGGAGCCACCGUCGAAACGCAGUCUACUGCCACGGGCAACAACUCACCGCGUGCAUCGGAGAACUGCUCCGAGGUCGGCGGGACGCAAGAGAAGACAGGGCCGGUAUUGCCAUUGCAGAAGCGCGAAUCCGUCGCUUGGUGCGAUAUCAAAGACGAGGAGGAAUUCGAGGACUACAAUGACGCAGACGGAAACGUGCCCUUCUCUCCUUCGGUGAAAAGCACCGCGACGACUCCCAGCCGCAGUGGCCGUCGCGCCGAGCGCCGUGCAAGGCGUCGGCGUGAGGCGCAGAAGGCUGCGCAGCAGCAAGUGAAUUCGAGGGGACCUACUGCCGUCACCUUCGCGGAGCUUGGCGUGGAAUGCAGCCAGAGCCCGACACAGACCUACACAGGCCCCGGCACGGUGCCCUCUCCAGGGGCGGAUGGUAAUUGGCCAGGUAUCAUGAGCACAGCACCUGCGGACCAGCCCAAGCAGGGCCUUUUCCUGCCACCAGGAGCCUUGGGGUAUCCUGGCUGCCCGUCUCCGACAUCAAAGCCUUCCUGCGACGCCUCCGCGAGGGGUUACCCGUACGCCUCGCCUAACGCCGCUGUGGCCUCGCCUGACGUCUCGGCAAAGCGCCUGCUGCUUGCGACUUCGCCAAAGGCACCAUUCGGAGGCGAUGCAUCCUCACGAACACCAUGUCGCUCGCCGCCGAGCUGGACAGCAGAUGUUCCGUCUCCGUGCAGGUCCCGUAUGAGCAUGCGCAGUUUCGUCAAUGCCCAAUCUCCCAGCAGCGGAGGAGGCCUGGUGACCUCACCCUCGGUGAACCCGGGACGGCGAGGAGGCAAUAAAGAGCCAUGCCUGAGCCCGGCGAGUCCGGAGGUGACCACCCUGCGCCAGCUUUUGGGAUCACAAGCCGAGCUGGAGGGAACACGAGAAGAACUGGCUGCUCGUCUGCAAGCGGCAGCUCCCGAGAGCUAUGAAGACUGA